AUGGAAAAUUCGCGCAAGAGUUCACCGCUGCUGGAUAUUGUGGUGCAAUCUGCUCCCGGAUCGCUGGGGAUGAAACAGCGAGCCGCCGAUGCUGAAAUAAUCUACAACUCUCAAAGUGGACACCAGCAACAGCAGCAGACAAUGUCAAGCAACUCCAAUCAGUACAGCAGCGGUAGUCCUUACUACGUAACCAAUCAAAAUUCCGGCGUGGUCGCGCACGUUGAGGGAAGCGGCGCGAGCGGAGGCGGCGGAGUGGGAGCUCUGAUUGCGCUGAAGAGGAACCAUAUGAUGGGCGGCGGGGCAUCUCACUCGCUGCAUCAGCAGCAGGCGGUGGCUAAACAACAGCAGCAGCAACAACAGCAUUCAGAGAUUAUCUACGAGGAGUUGCCGACCGACUACAGUGGUCACAUCGAGGCCAGCGAGGAGGAGUGCGUCACAACUGCCACCGAUGCCACCGUGGCCAUAAGCAUCGGAGCAGAAAAAGGUCCCCCAGGUCCCCUACUCGCACUCAGUCUGAUCUCUAUUGUCUGUGUCCCACUUACUCCUUGGAUCCGGCGUGCCGACGCUCGUGCCGCUGUGCCACUCCGGGUUGAAGUCCGCUCCUAG